GCAGAAGAAAAGCUGUGUUGAAUCAAGGGGCUUCCUUCAGCAGCCUUUUGCUCACCCCGACUGGGGCUCGCAUUAGCCCUUUUGGCCACAGCCUUGUGUGGGGAAUUCAUGUCGAGCUGAUUGCCUCCCAGGACCCCCGGUCUCAUAUUCAGUCUCUACUUCGGAGGAUAGAGUCCUCUCUCUCCCUCUCAUCCUGAUUUUAGAUAAUGGGCUGUGUGCAAUGUAAGGAUAAAGAAGCAACAAAACUGACUGACGAGAGGGAUGGCAGUUUAACUCAAAGCUCAGGCUACCGCUAUGGGACAGAUCCCACUCCGCAGCACUAUCCUAGCUUUGGUGUGACUUCAAUCCCAAACUACAACAACUUCCAUGCCACAGGAGGCCAAGGACUGACUGUGUUUGGUGGAGUCAAUUCCUCCUCUCAUACAGGGACGCUGCGUACAAGAGGAGGAACAGGUGUAACUCUUUUUGUGGCACUAUAUGACUAUGAAGCAAGAACAGAAGACGACUUGAGUUUUCACAAAGGAGAAAAAUUUCAAAUACUUAACAGCUCGGAAGGAGACUGGUGGGAGGCCCGGUCCUUGACGACAGGCGAAACUGGUUACAUUCCCAGUAAUUAUGUGGCUCCAGUCGAUUCCAUCCAAGCAGAGGAGUGGUACUUUGGCAAACUUGGCCGAAAAGAUGCCGAGAGGCAGCUGUUGUCAUUUGGAAACCCCAGAGGUACCUUCCUGAUCCGGGAAAGCGAAACUACCAAAGGUGCCUAUUCCCUGUCUAUUCGAGACUGGGAUGAUAUGAAAGGAGAUCAUGUCAAACAUUAUAAGAUUCGUAAACUUGACAAUGGUGGAUACUAUAUCACAACUCGGGCACAAUUUGAAACUCUUCAGCAGCUGGUUCAGCAUUAUUCAGAGAGAGCUGCAGGUCUUUGCUGCCGCUUAGUAGUCCCCUGUCAUAAAGGAAUGCCAAGGCUUACUGAUCUGUCUGUCAAAACCAAAGAUGUCUGGGAAAUUCCACGAGAAUCCCUACAGUUGAUCAAGAGACUGGGAAAUGGGCAGUUUGGGGAAGUAUGGAUGGGUACGUGGAAUGGAAAUACUAAAGUGGCUAUCAAGACCCUGAAGCCUGGCACUAUGUCUCCAGAAUCCUUCUUAGAGGAAGCCCAAAUCAUGAAGAAGCUAAAACAUGACAAACUGGUCCAGCUUUACGCUGUGGUAUCCGAAGAACCUAUCUAUAUUGUCACGGAGUACAUGAGCAAAGGGAGUUUGCUAGAUUUCUUAAAAGAUGGAGAAGGAAGAGCUUUGAAGUUACCGAAUUUGGUGGACAUGGCAGCCCAGGUGGCUGCAGGAAUGGCAUACAUCGAGCGAAUGAAUUACAUACACAGAGAUCUGCGGUCUGCAAACAUUCUGGUGGGAAAUGGCCUAAUAUGCAAGAUUGCUGACUUCGGAUUGGCAAGACUGAUUGAAGACAACGAAUAUACGGCCAGACAAGGUGCAAAGUUUCCCAUUAAAUGGACGGCGCCAGAAGCGGCAUUGUAUGGAAGGUUCACAAUAAAGUCGGAUGUGUGGUCUUUUGGGAUCCUACUGACAGAGCUGGUAACAAAAGGGAGAGUGCCAUACCCAGGCAUGAAUAACCGUGAAGUCUUGGAGCAAGUAGAACGUGGUUAUCGGAUGCCAUGUCCUCAGGACUGUCCCAUCUCCUUGCACGAGCUUAUGAUCCACUGCUGGAAAAAAGACCCAGAGGAGCGUCCAACUUUUGAAUAUUUGCAGGGUUUCCUUGAAGACUACUUCACUGCAACAGAACCCCAGUACCAGCCCGGUGACAACCUGUAAAGCCCUGGUCUCCAGACACUGUCAUGAAUUACCAGGUGUUUCUCAGCCCUGCCCCACCUGCCCUUCAGCUUCCAACUCCGUGAUCAGCUUCUUCAGAGUGCAGUAUCUUCCAGCACCACCGUGCACAGGAGGGGCUGAAGCUGGGAACUUCUGCAGCCCUUGCCUACAACCACUUGUCCUAAUAAUCUGAAUGUCCUGGAUGAAAAGGAGAAAAACACUUGUUUUUUCUUAAUCAAAGACUCCAAAACUGCAUUGUAUUGAUGUUACGUAAACUGCAAAACCUCUGUUCAUUGUAAAUAGUAACUCAGUGCCAAUAACUGAUCCUAGUGCUUUCCUUUUUUUAAAACGCAAAACCUAUGUGAUUUUAACUAGUCUUCUCCUGAUUCAACUAAAAGUAUUAUUUUCCAGAAGUGGCCUCUUUGUCUAAAACAUUUUUUUUCAUGUUUUAACAAAUAAAAAAAAAAUCAGGACAGGUGUUUGGUUUUUUGCUUUUUUAUAUAUAAAAUAUAUAUAAUAUAUAUACAUACCUGUACAUACAGUAUAUGGGUGCUAUUGCAGAGGAAACUCAUUUGGAAUUGAAUGAAUCCUGCUGCAGCAGUACCCAGAAAGCGAUAAUUUUACUGCAGACAUGAAAACACUGGUGGGAUUCUGAAAGCCAGUGAUCUAAUUUUUGGCUUUUGCCAAGCAUGAUUUUUUUAAAUUGGAUUGCACUUUUUGUUUAUGAUUAUGUACCUGUAGAUGGUUGUAACUUUGCUCUUUCAGGAAUCAUGUGCUGUAUUUACAGUAACGUUUCCAAUGUUUGACAAGUGUGUGAUGAUUUGUUCUUGAAAUUAAAACGAACAUAUUUAAAGCAAGAAAACUACACCACCACCGUUUGAACUGGAAAAUUGAAACUGCAAGGACUUCUUGUAUCAAAACAUGUAUACUGAAAUGUUUCAAAAAGAUUUAUUAAACAGUGUAACCACAUUCAGAUGGUCUUAAAAUCAUAGCAUUUUAGCCAUGUCCACCUGCUAAACUGUUGGUCAUGCAACUAGGAUUUUUCUGUUUUAUGUGUAACAUUUUUCCAUUGUAAAAUAAGUGUGUUAAAUGUCCUGUACUGCUAAUGAAAUUACUUUCUCUGUG